AGGGCCAGUACCUCUUCUUAUUUAGGCAAAUUUCAUUGUGUUUGUCUUCUCCCGUCGAGUAUGAUCAGAAAUCUUACAAAAUUCCAGUCAGCUAUAUAGCAUUUCAUUAACAAUUUUGAAUUCAAAUUAUUGCGAGUAAACUAUGCAGCCCCGAAAUAAAUUAAGCAAGUGUUUGACCAAUAUAACACCCUGCGUGCAGCAAAUGUGUUCCUAUGGCACUAGACGACAUUUAUUGGCUAUGCAGGCUAUGUCCGUUCAAAAGAAUCGGGAGUCUAAUAUCUUCGAAAAAAAGCCAGUAGAGACAACAGUCGAAUGGGGGCGUGGUCCCCGAGCGGGCGACCGCCUCCCAACAGUCGUUAGUCUGCUCAGUCGAAAUGUGCCGAACUCCGCGAGGAACGAGGUGAAAACAGCAUUCAUUCGAUACGAAAAGUCUAUGAACGAAUUGGCCAGAAGUGCCCGGAAGCUAUAUAGGAAUGCCCGGCUAAGGAGUUUGCCGUUGAGGAAACCCAUGAGCGGAAAAACCAAUGACCCUGAAGCAAGACCCCUAAGAGUACCGGUGCCCAGUGCUUGGGCAAUGUCCGAGCGGUAUUGUCCCUCUGGAAAAUAGCUGGCAGAAGAUGAAGCGAUGAGUGUAAUUUUACUUAAGUCUAUAUAUUUGUUUUAUCCAAGUAUAGUUUUCGCUAAAAAUUGUGCAACAUUUUUAAAUGUGUUAUUUUAUUUUAUUUGCUUUAUCCAAAAAUAUAUUUUCUAAAAACGGUAUAAAUAAUAUUUAUAAAAUUUGGUUUGCUUUUCCGAAAAGUCACAAUUAAAAGAGAGUUCUGUAAUGGGGUCUAAUGAUACAAGUCAGGAUCGAGUCUGGAUCUGUUGUGAUUUGCUCCCAUCUCGGGAUAUUUUCGAAACGGAAUGUUGAGAUGUCUUAGGAAUAUGGUUUGCUCCCUUGUUUCGCUAUGCCUCCGAAGAGUCACACUUAAAAGAGAGUCCUGUAUAAUGUGGUCCAAUGCUACAAGUCAGGAUUGAGUCAGGAUCUAUGGGGGUUUGCUCCCAUUCCGGGAUAUUUUAAAAACGGAAUGCUGAGAUGUCACAGGAAAAUGGUUUGCGUCUUUUUUCGCGCUGCCUCCGAAAUGUCACACU